AUGCUUUCGUCCGACGAUAAAUCAUCUAAUUCCGACCAUAACCAGUUGGCACCGUUCGUCGAUAGAAUACUGGCUAAUCCUUUGAGUUUUCAACGUGCCAAGCAUCCGGACAAAGUCAGUUUGAGACCGUCAAGUUACCGUUCGUUCAAAAGUUCCAAGCUUCGCAACAAAGACAAGUUUGGUCUCAAACCUCUAGACGAUCUGAACUCCAAAGAGCCUUCAAAGCAGGACGCUAGCAUGCCCCGACCAAAAUCCAUGGCCGAAGCCGUGGCUCUAUAUACCGGGAAAAAAUAUCUCUCCAAGAAGCAAAAGAAAGAGCUUGAAGGUAAGCCAGUCAAGAAAGAGGCCAUAGUACCACAGAAAAGACCAGUACUGUCCGAUGACGAGUUCCAGGUCGGCCGGGAAGACGAAGACAGUUCGGACGAGGACUUUCAAACCGCCGACGAGGAAGAAGAUCAGGAUCAGAAUGACGCUGAAGAAUCUUCCAGCGAGCCUGCCGAGUCUGACGAAGAGUCUGAAGACUUGGAACAGUUGAAACAAGACCUGAAACAGGAUUUGCAUGGCCUCGAUGACGAGGACGAGGAACUCGAUAGCGAUGCCGUUCGUUCUCUCAAAGCAAAUGAGGCCAAGGAUGAUGUCAACGACGAAGAUGUUCAAAAGAACAGCGAGACCCCUCCAACUUCCCCUGACGAUGCGGCUGAUCUCAUGAAGGGAGAGCUAGUCCAUUCAAAGUACGACGACUCGGAGUUUUACGAUAUCGACGAGAAUCAAGAGGAUCGUGGUUCCAAUGGAUCCAACCGUAUAUAUAAGUCAUGGCGUGAGUUCCAUGGCAAGCCAGGACCUUUGGGAUUGUUGAAUCAUGGUGUGACCUGCUACAUGAACUCGGCAGUGCAAGCACUUUGUCAUAUUCCUGCCCUUUUGCAUUACUUGGUCGAUGUUCACAACCACAAAUACAAAGACAGCCUCAGCACCAGCAGUGUUACGCAGAUUCUUGCCGACACAGUGGCUAAGAUGUACAAGUUGGAUAACAAGGGAGAGAAGAAGAUCCGUACCAUCAAUCCUAAGCGUUUGAUCAAACGUUUACAGGAUAUUAAUUGCAUGAUGUCCGAGUGGCAGCAGGAAGAUUCGCAUGAAUACUUUAUGUCUCUGAUGUCCCGUCUCCAGGAAGAUUCUACGCCGAAGGGUGUGAAAUUAAAUCAAAGCAUAAUUUACGACAUCUUUGGAGGACUGCUGAGUCAGACUGUGACGUGCAAGAACUGUGGACACAUUUCCACUACUGCCCAGGAGUUCUACGACCUAUCUCUUGGACUGGAUAACGUCAAGAAGAGAGCGAGCAGUGUCGUUAGUGCGCAGCAGCUUUUCGAACUCAAGAACAAGAUAGAGGCUGCCAAGUCCAGUGAUCCGGAGCCUAAGCAGCAACUGUCUGAGUUUUUGAAACAAAAAAUAUUGCUUGCCCAAGAGGAAAGACGGAGUCGGUCGCAAACUCCUGAGAUUGGUGAAUCUCAAGAGCAAAAGUCUCCCUCCCCAGAGGCGCCAGCCACGGAACGGGCGUCCCAGGGCUCUGACCAGGCCCCAUCUCCUCCGUCUUUCAAGUAUUCUCUUGAGAACUCGAUUAAGGACUUUUUCUCGCCAGAGAUCCUCAAAGCGGACAAGAAAGACAAGUCGGGCUAUACGUGCGAGAACUGCAAGAAGACGACCACGGCCAUCAAGAUCUCUACGAUUGAGCGCGCUCCAGAAACCUUGACGGUGCAUCUGAAACGGUUCAGAUUCAACGGUUCGUCUUCGAUGAAGGUCAAGGCCAACGUGAUCUAUCCAGACACGCUGGAUCUGACCGAGUUCACCACCAGUAUGGAUACCCCCACCAAAUACAAGCUGAGCUCUGUGAUUGUCCACCAAGGACGGUCUGUGUCGUCUGGCCAUUAUAUUGCACACUGCAGACAGCCAGACGGAACCUGGGCCACGUACGACGACGAGUUCAUCAACAAGACCAAGGCCAUCGACGCUUUGAGUGACGAGAGCGCAUAUGUCCUGCUGUAUACCAGACUGACGCACAAGUCGAUCGACUCCAGAAAGCGCAAAGCCUCGGGCCAGCCGGGCAAGUCGAAAAAACGGGUCAAGAGCUCUCGAUAA